CCAACCAACUAUUGUCUUGUCCCCUCUCAAAAACCCUAAUUCAAAACCGAUUCUCCCGAACUUCCAUUUUUCCUCUGUGAAAAACAUAAAACUCUCACUUACCACCUCAAUUUUUAAAAAGAAACAGCCUUGCAACUAUCAAAUUGGAUUUUCUUCCGGGGGCAGUCAAAUAUGGCGAAGAAGAGCAAAAAGAGCAAGAGUAAAAGAGUAACCUUGAGGCAGAAAUAUAAGGUUAUAAGGAAGGUUAAAGAGCAUCAUAAAAAGAAAGCUAAGGAAGCUAAAAAGCUGGGAUUGAAGAAUAAACGUAAGGUUGAGAAGGAUCCUGGUAUUCCCAAUGACUGGCCUUUUAAGGAACAAGAGCUUAAGGCUCUUGAAGCUCGCCGGGCUCGUGCUCUUGAGGAAUUAGAGCAAAAGAAAGCUGCCCGCAAAGAGAGGGCUCAAAAGAGAAAAUUGGGGUUACUUGAGGAUGCAUCAGCAAAGGAGCAAGAGUCUGAAGAGCAAAAGACCAAUGAAGAUUUUGGUAGACUUGCAAGAAAUAGGGAUAAUUCAGAUAGGGCAUUCUAUAAGGAGUUGGUUAAAGUCAUUGAAGAAUCAGAUGUCAUAUUGGAAGUCCUUGAUGCCCGAGAUCCUCUUGGUACCCGUUGUGUUGAUAUGGAAAAUAUGGUGAUGAAAUCAAGUCACAAUAAGCACCUAGUGUUGCUUCUAAAUAAAAUUGAUCUUGUCCCUCGCGAAGCAGUUGAAAAAUGGCUAAAGUAUCUUAGAGAAGAAUUUCCUACAGUUGCCUUCAAGUGCAGUACCCAAGAGCAGAGGUCAAACUUAGGGUGGAAAUCUUCCUCAAAAGCAGCAAAGGCCAGCAAUAUUCUGCAAACAAGUGAUUGUCUUGGGGCAGAAACUCUGAUUAAAUUGUUGAAAAAUUACUCAAGAAGUCAUGAUAUUAAAAAAUCUAUUACAGUUGGCAUUAUUGGCCUGCCUAAUGUUGGUAAGAGUAGUCUAAUUAACAGCUUGAAGAGAAGUCAUGUAGUCAAUGUUGGUGCUACUCCUGGUUUAACAAGAUCAAUGCAAGAAGUUCAGCUAGACAAGAAUGUCAAAUUGCUGGAUUGUCCUGGCGUUGUACUGCUCAAGUCUGUGGAGAAUGAUGCAUCUAUAGCUCUUCGUAACUGUAAAAGGAUUGAGAAGUUAGAUGAUCCAAUUAGCCCAGUGAAAGAAAUUCUCAAACUGUGCCCUGCCAGACUGUUGGUAACCCUGUACAAGACGCCAAACUUUGAGUCUGUUGAUGACUUUUUGCAAAAGGUGGCUACGGUCAGGGGGAGACUGAAGAAGGGUGGUAUCAUAGAUGUUGAUGCUGCUGCCAGAAUUGUUUUGCAUGACUGGAAUGAGGGUAAGAUUGCAUACUACACGAUGCCCCCAACUAGGAAUCAAGAGGAACCUUCAGAGUCUAAGAUUGUUUCAGAGCUCGGAAAGGAAUUUAAUAUUGAUGAAGUUUACACUGGUGAAACCUCUUUCAUUGGAAGCCUCAAGUCUGUUAACGACUUUGAUCCUGUUGAAGUUCCCCCUAGUUGCCCAAUCAGUUUCAAUGAAAGCAUGAUAGAGGGAGAUUUGGAAGCCCAACCAUCAACUAGAGGUGAUGAAAAUGCUGAAGAUAUGAGUGAUGAUGGUGAAGACCAGCCUAUGGCUUCUGAAGAAAAUGAUACGAAUAAGGCCAACAAGGGCAAAACUCCAAGCAGCCGGCAAAACGAGAAGCUAUAUACAGCAGAAGGCAUGCUCAAUACAAAAAUGAAACGAGCAGAGAAGAAAAGAAGGAAAAAAGCUGGUAAAGUGGAUGCAAUGGACGGUGACUAUGAUUUUAAAGUAGAUUACUUCAAGAAAAAGGGUUCUGCCAUGGAUGUCGAAGAUGGGAAUGGGGAAGCAGAUGAUGAUAACCAAAUCAUUGGGACCGUACCAAUGUCUGGUGUUCAGUUGGAUGAUGAAUGAUUGAAUGCACAACCAUGAACAAAAAGGGGUUUUGCAUUCUCAGAGAUUGAGUCACUUUUUUCCUUCUUAUCAUAAUUUGAGUUUUAUGCUAAUUCUUACAACGGGUAAUGACUAAAUCUACAUAUGUACUCUGCACAAUGCAAUGAAUUAUUUUGUUUCUUCGUUACAA